CUGGAGCCGCUGCUCUUAGCAGGCAUGGCUGAGCCGUGGAAUAAGAUAAACAUUCCCUUUCCAAGCGCCGUAUCAGUGUACCGAAUACCGUAUUCCGAAGAUACUGACACUGUUUUGCAAUGUGUGGUUGCGAAAAACGAAACUUUUCUAAAAAUGUUCUGCAGCGAGGUCUUGCAGACGGAGAUCCGUGUCCUGUACGAUGUGCUGUACGUCAUCAACAACAGUUUCAGGCGACACAAGCCGUUCCGCGCGCUCAAACAGGUAGAGCAGUGUAUAAAUCGAGUGAAGGAAAUGAAGUUGCAAGAGGCUGUGCAGGACCUUUGGGAGGCUUGUCCUAAGAAAGCUCAGAGGACCGUGGGACUGGAGUGUGGGGAGUGUGAGGUGCCCAGUCAGGCGAUGCAGGAGUGGGUGUGUGUGAAGAUGGUUGGUGGAGCCCAACUCCUUACUCGCCUCCUAGACCACUGCUCAAGGGCCUUCAUCCUGAUUAGACGGCACCUGCAGACAGGAGACUUCCUCAUCCUGAACCUCCUGCUCAUCAGUAUGCUCUCCAGACUAUGGGUGCUGUUCCGGGGGCUGCUGCGUGCCCUGGUGCCCCUGUACCAGCGCUGCCUGGAGCUCCUGCGGCUGGUGUCCAGCGCCCGGCCGCUGCCCUACCUGAGCGGGUGCACGCUGCCCGCCGAGCUGCCCGCCCUGCUGGGGCCCUCGGGCGCCGCCCUGCUGGAGACGGGCGCCGCCGGGGCGCGGGGCAGGAGGGGGGGCAGGGGGGGGGGCAGGAGGAGCGCCAGGGGCACGCUCCUCAGCCGCCUGUUUGGGCAGGAGGGGCGCGGCCCCGAGGAGGAGGAGGAGGAGGAGGAGGGCAAGAGGAAGAGGAAGGCGGGCGGCGUUAGCCAGGGCAUGCUGAAGGCCACGCGUCUGACGGAGGACCUGGGCAGCAUCGUACGCCAGAGGGGCCGCCACAUCAUGCGUGUGGGGGCAGAACUGGACAUGAAAGCCCUACUAAUGGGGAGCAGAGCGGCAAGCACACAGGUGGCUGCGUUGUCAAAUCAGAGGCGUUCUUCCUGUCAAGAUCCAGCUGUGAUUGGCCAGAAGAGGAAGUUUGUGAAGUUGCUCGUCUCCGCGUCCUCUUUCAGUGACCUGGCUGUGACCCUACAGGAAGUGAUUCAGUGGUGCAGAGACAGGAAGUUGUCACAGGAGAGGCGGAGUCUAGCGUUCAUGUGUGUAGAGUGUCGCAGGAUGGUCAGCAUGGAGGCCGACGGCCAGAGCGUGAGGAGAAGUCUGCAGCGGUUCCAGCGGACUCUGCGGCGCGGUCUGCUGCACGGCAGGUGGCGUGCUCCUCGACGCGGUCGUUCGCUCAGAACACUCUGGAGGCAACGCCUGGGCUGCAGGGCCUCCUCUAGAACUGCUCAUAGAACUCUCCGGAGCCAUUCCGGAACUCGCACACAAAGGAGCAGAACAUGUCAAGCUGGUUCUAGAACAGUGAGGACUCUGUUGCCACAGCAACCUGUUGACCCAGGCAGUGUGCCGCUCCCACAGGACUCCUCAGAGGAGGAGGUAACAGGAAGUGAUGUCAUAAGCACUGCUGCUGUUGGUGCUGGCGGAAAUGGAAAGUGUGCAAAGACCGUCCCACAGGAACCCACCAAUGCAAAUGAAGAUGACAUUGAUGACAUAUUCGCGUCCAUAGGUUUCUAACUGUGUGUGUGUGUGUGUGUGUGUGUGUGCGUGCACGAGCUUCAUUUCCGAGCCUUGGCAUCCUAAGGCUGGCUCCAUAAAAUAAGUCACUUUUAUUUAUAUAGCACAGUUUUCUAUAGAGAACUCACAAAACAUUCAUUAAUUAAUGUGUACUGAUGGUGCUCAGCAGUCAACUUUCUAUGAACGUGAAUCUCCAAAGAUCUCUGAAGAUGUCCAGAGCUAAUAACUAUAGUUUCGUGCUGUUGUUCUACCAGUUACUGUGACUGCAUAGAAAUGACACCAGACAAAUGGCUUUGAGGAAACAAAUAGAGAUACAUAUCUCUAUAUAUUUUUUUUGUUUGGUGGCAGUGAAAUCAGAAUGUUCACUAUGAUAUUCAGGAGAUGUGCCAUCUAUGUUGUUUACCUUGGUUUUGGUGAAUGUAUGAUUUGUGCAAAUGAAUAAAGCAGGUUACAUUUUGUA